UAUAGUAACCGUCGAGUCGCAUUGUUUGUGUCAAAAAGAUUUAUAAAUAAUUAUUUAUUUCUUUCGUUAUUUAAGACUUAUAUACGAUUCAUAAGGAGGAGGUGGAUUUGAGCACUAUUUAAGAAUUCAAAAUGGCUUCAAAUGAUUUUAAUAAAAAAAUAAGAGAAGAUAGAGAGGCAAGAGUUCAGGCUCGAAUUCAGAAGUUAAGAGAAUUGAAUCUUAAAAAAUAUGGACAAAGCGAAACAAAUAGAAACAAUACUCCAAGAUCAGCUUCAGAAAAUGCUGUAUGUCCAAAAAAUAAACCAAAUUUUAUAAAUAAUUUAAAAUCAGAUAAAAACUUAAAUUCGCUCAAGAAACCAACAACCAUUUCUAAUGUACUUCCCAAAAAAACUGAAUAUCCUAGUGGUAUACCUAAAAAAACACAACCUCAUAUCAAAAAUAUUGUUAAGGACCUCAAAAAGCCAGAAGCAAAAGAUAUCCAAACAAAUAUAAAUGGUGUUGUUAAGAAGGAUAUAAAGAGUAACCAAAAGCAUGUCAAUUGGGAUAUUAAGAAGGCGGAAACAAACAAUUUGGAUAGAAAUAAAAUUGUACGAUUACCGCUCAAUGGGAGUAUUAAGGCUAAAGAAAAUGCUAAUUUAAGAAAAUCCGUUAUUCCAACGAAACCUCCACUUAAUAAUAGAAAGAGUUUCAUACCCACUAAUACAGCAGUAGCUAAAAAAUCUACUACUACUACCAAAAUUGAAAGUACAUUGGGAAAGAGAGAAUCUGUUUUUGAACGACUCUAUAAACCGAAAACUGUUUAUACAGAGCAUAAUAUUAAACAUCACAUAAAACCCAUUGCUCCUCCAAUAGUAAACAGACGAAAUACUACAUUUGACCAAAGCCAGAGGGCUAAGCCCCCAGUUCGUAGAUCUAUAUCUGCUGUACACUUUAAGAAAAUUGACAAAGGGCAACUUAAAAACUGCAUACACAGAUGGGCGUCCAUUGGAGAGAAAAUAAACAAAGUGUCAUUGCAUAACAUUAAUGAAGAUGAAAACAUCCAAGAAAUGGUAUCAGCAGUGAAGAGCGAACAGAAAAAAGUAAAAUUCCAAACACCAAUGACAAAUCCAGAUGAAAUGAGAUUGAAAUUAGUGAAAUGGUUGGAAAAACGCGGAAAAACUAUUGAUACAUACCAGCAUUUACACUGUUUUGGCAUUCAACGAGCAUUUGAUAUUCCAAAGUUUGAUUAUGGCGAUGAAGAUAAGGAAAACCAGCCGUUAGAAAAUGAUAGUGAUAAUGAAUCAUUUACUGAGUUGAAUGGACAGCUAAUUAAUAAAUGGAGGAGUCCUAGUAAUAUGGACAGUGUGGAAUUCAAUGAAAGCUAUGAAACAGCAAUCAUUUCUGACCCAUCACCAAUGGUGGAUGAUGCAUUGUUGGGUGCUCUGAAAGAUUUGACGGAUAUAUUAAGACAUGGAUAUAGCUGGGAGGAAGGGGCUCGUUGGCUCCGUGCAAUAAGAGAUACAUACAGUGAUGCCCAAGAAACGGCCACAUAUUGGGAAUGUAGAGCCGCCUUAGAGGAAGCCCGAGGGGACAUGCCAGCUUCCAUGCAGUGCUGGGAACAAGCGCUGGCUAAGGGAACCAAUCGGACAGUAGCAGAAGAAAACAUUGACCAGUUGCUAGCCAAGUUUAUGCAGUUGAAGAUUAACCCUGGUUCCGAGAAGAAAGUGGAUCCAAAGUUGGUUGACGCAAAAAAUGUCUUUAAAAGUACAUUGCUUAGAUUUGCUGUGCAGGAAAAUAAUAAACAAAUAACUCCAACAGUGACACCCGUUCGACGAAGUGCGAGGCUUAAUGACAGGAAAACUCCACUAAAACUAUUCAGCACUGUGCAACAAGCACUAGACACGGAAAACGCCGAAUUCAGGCCUAAUAGAGCUAUUGCUCCCACACCUUAGCUUUAUACGAUGAUUAACACGUCCAAAAUUAUUCAAGCAAAUGUAUAGGCAUAUAUAAGUUGUUAGUUCUCAUGCAAUGUCUUGUUAUCAAAAACUCAUUACAUAUAAUCGUUACUUAAAAAUGGCCUGUUUUCUCAGGGAAUGAUAGUCACGUGAUCAUUCCCAUACAAAAGGGUUUGGUGUUAGUAAGGUGUCGUUAGAAGUGUUUUUGUAUCUGUCGUGAAAUCUACUUGUUUAUUUUUUUUAUAACUUAAUAUACGGCAAUAAGACUUUAGUCGCAAGUGAAGGGAUGAAAUCUAAGAUAAUCAAGAAGCUAAGCUAAUAUUAUUAUUCUUGGCACAACUCAUAAAAUCGAAAUUUGUUUAUUUUUUUUAUACUUUAGCGACUAACUUCGGUUAAUUGAAUUUUGAUCCACCUUUCGCAACUAAAUUCUGUUAUUCAAUACCGACUAAUACUGAGGCCAGAACGUUAUUUAAACUUAAAAAGUUUAAAAAGCUGUUUUUCUCUAUGAAGUUUGACAUAUGACAGCGCUCAAGUGGAGAUGCGACUUGAGAUAGGUUUCAGAAUGUAAAAUGUUGAAAAAAUUGCGUACAACAAAUUUUGAUGCUUGGUAAACACGUUUACUAAGCUGUAGAAGUAAAAGUUUGCUUUUCAUUCGUAUUCAAAGAUCAUUAGGGUAAAAUUUUACUAUCAAAUUGUACCAAAUUUAACGGCAUUUUUUAAAAUUUUUCUUACCGGAAAUAUUGCCAUGAACAACUCUACGAUAUCGUUGCCAGUAAUACUUUUUAAAAUUCUCUAUUACCGAAUGACUCGCGACAAUGGUACAAGUAAAAGCGGCAUGAGCAGUGGAUGACCUGAAGAUACGCUGUCUGACAGGGUUGUGUGUAACUGAAGGUUGCAAAAGUAAUCGAUACUGGCGCCAUCAAACGGUUAAUUAUUCAAUAUGUCAAAUCAAAUACCGACUUUAAUGUAUCUCCCAUUUGAAGCGACAACAAUGAAAAUAUACGGUAAUAGUCUUAAUUACUAAUAUUUUUCUGUUUGUUUUUACGAAAUUUUUUGGAUAUUGUACAGGUGUUUCUACCUAGUACUCGAAUGUUUUUGAAUGCGAAUAUGAAUGUAUCCCCCAUUUAAAGUGACAAUAAAGAAAAUUUACGGUAAUAGUCUUAAUUACUAAUAUUUUUCUGUUUGUUUUUACGAUUUUUUUUGGAUAUUGUACAGCUGUUUCUACCUAGUAGGUACUCGACUGUUUUUGAAUGCGAAUAAGAAUGUAUCUCCCAUUUAAAGUGACAAUAAUGAAAGUAUAUGGUAAUAGUCUUAAUUACUAAUAUUUUUCUGAUUUUUUUUUACGAAAAGAUUUUGCAUAAUGUACAGGUGUUUCUACCUAGUACUCGAAUGUUUUUGAAUGCGAAUAAGAAUGUAUCUCCCAUUUAAAGUGACUAUAAUGAAAGUAUACGAGAGUGAACGGAUGACUUUUUUGGGUCUAUUUGGCCUAAAUUACUAAUUGUGCACCGAAAUAGUUGUGGUCGACUUAUGAUUAAAUGAUUUUUGGAACGCUUAUGUAAAGCUAUCACUGUUUUUGUGCUUUUUAUGACCUUAUGUUUUAUAUUAAAAUCAUGAAUUGUUUAACUUUCGUUUAUAACCAUGUACGUUUACUUAAAUAACUAGUGUAUUUCUACAGAUAUAUGUAAAAUAGUACCUUCGCAUGACAUUUACUAAUAUUUUACAAUACAUUUAUUAAGGUUAUCAAUAUCUUAGAUGCGUUAGUGGAAUUAGUAACACAAAAAGUUCAUUAAAAAGUUAACGUCGCAACCCUAAUGAUAUCUCACCAUAGUACUGAUUAUGGACAAACCAAAGCAUGUUUUGGUUUGUCGAUUUAAAAUUUAGCUUAAAAAAAGGGUUUAGACUGUAUUAGCCAAAACAUAUGUAUAUAGGUUAUAUUUUUUUGUAUUCUUUAAACACUCUUAUAUGGCGCUGGUUAAGAUUUGCCGUGUGUGGUCCGUAAGACUUGUUUUGUGUCAUAAAUAAAUUGUAAAUAUUU